AUGCUACUUUUCAGCCGUAGCAAUGAUAGCGCACGAUGGUUGCACGCCCACGCAGCGCGCCCAGUGGAGUCGGCUUCAUUAACAAAUGACUCUUAUGAACCGGUUCUUUUUGAGUCAAAAACACAAAGCGCAGCCCAUUCACUAUAACGAAUUGUUUGUACAUUUGUUCGUGAAUCUGCUUCUCAGUUUAUUCAGAAGUCCUCUGAAAAAUCUAAUCCCGUCUAUAUAUAUCUGAGAUUCAUCCCGUAAUUGUUUGGUGAUCGAUUCUCCGACCGCUCGCGCCACUUUCAUCAUGGAUAUAGAGGCCUUUCUACCACAUCGGACAAAACAAUAACAUGAAAUCGAUAAGAAGAUGCUGAUCACAAAAACUAAUAGCCGAGUUAGUUUGGCCAUUUGACUGGGGGUGGAAGCCGGAGGACAGGCUGAUGGAGGAUCCAAUGAGUCUGCCAAAUGCCUUCCAGAACCGGGAAGUAAACUGUGGGCCCCGAUCAGAAACCAUAUCCUGUGGAAAACCAUGGAUCCUGAACACAUGCCUCAUCAAUAGAUCCGCAGUUUGGCUGGCUGUGGGGAGCUUGGACAAAGAGGAAGUGGGCGUCUCUCACAUUCAUCAGUUCAUGUUAAACAUGAUGUAACCAGGAAAGAAACACUAAAACUCAUCUGAACACACACCGAGAGCUUCAGAAGAACUAAAUCUAUAACAGCAAAGAAGAUUAUUGAAUAAGAGAGAAGAAUGAAGAUCAUCUGGACUUUCACUCUGCUGAUGAUUCCUGGUGUGUUGAGCUCCAUCAGUGUGACAGGAUAUUCAGGAGGAGGAGUCAGCAUCACAUGCAGAUAUGAUAGAAAAUAUACAGACAAUAAGAAGUAUUUUUGUAAUGGACAGUGGUCAGAGUGCAAAUACCAAAUCAGGACUAAUACUAAAAACAAAUGGUUUGAUUCUGGAAGAUUCUCUCUGUAUGACGACACAAGAGCAGCAGUUUUCAUGGUGACCUUCAGAGAUCUGAGUGAACGGGAUUCUGACAUUUACUACUGUGGAACUGGAAGAUAUGGAAAAGAUUUAUAUACUGAAGUGAAGCUUAAUGUUAUAACAGGUCAACAAAUCAGGACAGUGAUGGGAUAUUCAGGAGGAAACAUCAUUAUAAAAUUUAAAUAUGAGAUGCAACAAAAUAACCUUUUGAUAGAUGUAUGUAAUACUGAAGUACUUCAGUGUUUUACUCUAAUAAACACUAACAGAGCAGCAGAAUGGACACAUGGCAGUCGAUUUUCUGUUUAUGACGACAGAUCUGAAGGUUCCUUAAAUGUUUUCAUCAGAGACCUCAAUGUGAAAGAUUCUGGAGAAUAUAAGAUUAUAGUUACAGUUUCCGAAGACUACAGUUUCUUCUCUGAGUUUUACCUGGAUAUUAAGAAGGCUGAUUGUUGUGAGAAGAGCAUCAGUCUCUCAGCUGCUGCAGGAGCAUCUGUGAACAUCAGCUGCAAAUACCCACAAUCCCACAGUGCUGAUGUGAAGUUUGUCUGCAGGAGAUCUGGAUCUGAUCUCUGUGCUGAAGAGACGUCUGUGGAGGAGAGCAGAAGAUGGAGUGCUGAGGGACAGAUCCAGCUGUAUGAUGACAGAGAGCAGCAGCUCCUGACGGGAACCAUCAGUCAUGUGACUCGACAACAUUCAGCUGAAUACUGGUGUGGAGUUCAGUCUGAUCAAGGACACAAGAGCUUCAUCACACGAGUCCUCGUCAGCGUUACAGAUGUUCCAGAAACAACAUCAACAUCAUCACCAUCAUCUUCAUCAUCAUCAUCAUCAUCAUCUUCAUCAUCUGCUUCUUCUUUCUCAUCAGUCACAUCUCCACUGAUCACAAGAGUUUCCAAUACAUCUCCAUCUAGUUGGACACCAGCAGGUUUAUCUCUGAUCAUCUCUCUGGUUCUGGUUCUUCUGGCUCUGAUCAUCGUUUGUCUCCUAUUUCUGUUUCUCUGUAAGAAGCAUCAGUCUCGAGGAGGUAAAUCGUCAUCUCAGACUGGAGCAAAACACGGAGUGGUUUCUCACGCUGGUUGUGAUUAUGAUGAGAUUAAAGACACUCACAAACAAUUACCCACAAACCCCUCUGAUUCUUCUAACGAUGUUUAUGCCACUGCUCAGUUACCCACAAACCCCUCUGAUUCUUCUAACGCUGUUUAUGCCACUGCUCAAUUACCCACAAACCCCUCUGUUUCUCCUGACUGUGUUUACUCUACAGUUCAGAAAGCCUCUGGUGACUCUCAGAUCUUGAUCACAUCUGCUGAGGAUCUGAAUUACGCCGUGGUGAACUUCCAGAAGAAAGCAGACUGUCCUGACAGAGACAGAUUGAGGAAUAAUCAAGAUUACAGUGAAUACGCUGCUGUCAAUCAUCUCACUGCCUGACGAGCCACAGCAGAGAAUCUCAGUGAACUGAAGGCUUUGAUUGGCAUUUUUGUUAUUUUUGUGGUUCUCUUCUGCUGUAUAUUUAAGACAGUGUUGCAGGUCAGACUUUUGACUGUCGAAGUGAAGGAUGUUUAAAUGACAGUGCAGUGUUUUGUUCUGCAAAUGACUGAAAUAAAUCAUCAGAAAC